CAUGCUGGUAAUGAGUGUUGGAAGCAAUACAGGAUGGGGAUUGUUGAUGGCAAGUAUCUCUGAGGAUACCGGUGAAGAAGCUCCUUUACAGGUGCACUUAAAUGGACUUGCAACUUUUAUAGGCAUAAUUGGGCUUUCAGUAGCUGCUUUGGUGCUGAUUAUUUUGUUGAUCAAAUACUCUGCGAGAUUAGAAUUUGAUACGGACAAAACUAGCUUUCUUAAGGCUGUAUAUGGAGGUGUAAAGAUUUUCACCAUUGCUGUAAGUGAAGUUUCUGGAUGCUUGUUAGGUUUUAUGUUUUAUGUUGGCCUCUUUGACAAUUUUAGAAUCAUUCAAGUUACCAUUCUAGUUGUUGCAGUGCCUGAAUGCCUACCUUUGGUCAUUACCUUGAGGGAAGUAGCAGCUACCACUUUUUUCUUAGGUUGUAAUAAUACUGGCAGAUAGUUUUCUCAUAGCAGUAUUGCUCUAAUUUAUCUUAUCAUCUUUUGCAUUUGGACUUCAACUUGUAACA